AUGAUGGAUGAUAACAUUUAUGUUAGUGCUCCAGGAAAAAUUAUUUUAUUUGGUGAGCAUGCUGUUGUAUAUGGCAAGACUGCUGUAGCAGGGGCAAUAAAUCUUAGAGCAUAUGUUAAAUUAUCUCCAACUAAUGACGGUAAAAUAUCAUUAGAACUUGAUGAUCUUAAAAUUUUAAAAACAUGGGAAAUUGAGGAUUUUUAUACAUUGGUUAGUGAAUUAAAAAAAUUACCAAAUUUUUCAAAUUUUGCUACAGAUGAAGAAAUAGAAUUAUCAAGAGAGACAAUUUCAAAAAUAGGAAGGAUUAAUGAAAAAGAAUCUCAUAAAUAUGAUGUUGCUUUACAAGCAUUUUGUUAUUUUAUUUCAAGAUUAAUAAUAGAAAAAAAUAUAACUUUAAAGUCAUUCAAAAUGUCAAUGAAAUUUGAAAUCCCUACUAGUGUUGGAUUAGGUUCUUCUGGUGCCUACUGUAGUAGUAUAAUUUAUACAUUAUUUAUUUUUUUUAAUGUUCCAUUUGAAUUACAAGAUGUUGUCAAUUAUGGAACAUUUGGUGAAUAUUUUGUACACGGAAAGUCAUCUGGUAUUGAUGUUGCCUUGUCAACAUAUGGAAAAAUUGGUUCCUUUCAAUAUGGCCGUAAAAUUGAUAUACUAAAUUCUAAUAUUAAUUUUGAUAUAAUUGUUGUUAAUUCAAAAAUUGAAAGAGAUACUAAAAAAUUAGUUGGUAUGGUUAAAGAAAAAUUAGAAGAAAAUAGAAAUGUAAUUGAGAAUAUUUUUGAGAAAAUUGACAAAGUAUCAAAUAACGCUGUGGAGAUAUUAAAAAAUUCAAUUUGCACUGAUAUCGAUAGUAAUAAUUUGGUGACUCUUAAUGCAUAUUGUUUUGAAAAUAAUUAUUAUUUGUUAGAAUUAGGCUUAGGACAUGAGGAAACAACAAAAAUUUGUAAUAUUUUAUCAAAAUACGGUAUUACAGGUAAGAUAACUGGAGCAGGAGGUGGUGGAUGUGUUUAUGGAAUAGAAACUAAAAAAAUGCAAGAACAAAUGAAAGAUAAAUUAUAUAAGGAAUUAGAUAAAUUUGGUUAUGAUUAUUGGAAUUGUAAGUUAGGUGCUUCAGGAGUUCAAAAACACGACAUUCCUCCAACAAUAUUUAAUGAAUCAUAG